UCUCAACUGACUGAGGAGAGGUGUUUGAGCAAAAUCACACGUCCGCUGCGCUUCUGAGGUAAAGCAAUGGUCUUCGUCGCGAACUAAUCGUGCGCAGGAUGCCAGCGGUUUAUUUUGCAUUCUACCAAAGACAAUUUAGUGGGACUGUGACUGUUUUUGGAGUUAAUUUAAUUGUUGCAUCUCACUCAAUUUCUCAAGAAUGAGACUGAAGACGUCGCUCCUGAAAGAACCGAAGCAUAAAGAAUUGGUCAGUUGUGUUGGAUGGACAACAGCAGAUGAGUUAUUUUCAUCCAGUGAUGAUCACCAAAUCCUGAAGUGGAAUCUGUUAACAAAUGAAACGGUUCAAGUAGUAAGACUUGCUGAAGAAAUCCAUCCAAUAGAUCUGCAUUGGUUCCCCAAGACUACAGGAGGCAAGAAGCAGAUACAAGCAGAAGUAUUUGUGCUCACCAGUACUGAUGGCAAAUUUCAUUUAGUCUCAAAGACUGGACGAGUGGAAAAAAGUGUAGAAGCGCAUCGUGGAGCUGUGUUAGCGGGGAGGUGGAACUACGAGGGAACUGCUUUGGUAACAGCUGGUGAAGAUGGGCAAAUUAAGAUUUGGUCCAAAACUGGAAUGCUGCGAUCAACCAUGAUACAACAAGGUACACCCGUGUAUUCAGUGGCAUGGGGGCCAGAUUCGGACAAAAUUCUCUAUACCUCGGGAAGACAACUGAUCAUUAAACCUCUUCAGCCAAGUGCCAAAGUCCUGCAGUGGAAAGCCCAUGAUGGUGUUAUUCUGAAGGUAGACUGGAACACUGUGAAUGAUCUCAUCCUUUCCGGUGGUGAGGACUGUAAAUACAAGGUUUGGGACAGUUAUGGGCGUCUUUUGUAUAGUGCCCAGGCCCACGACUAUCCUAUAACAUCUGUGGCUUGGGCACCUGAUGGUCAGCUGUUUGCUGUGGGAUCAUUCAACACUCUUCGUUUAUGUGACAAAACUGGGUGGUCUUAUGCGCUUGAAAAGCCAAAUACUGGAAGUGUGUUCAACAUUGCUUGGUCUGUUGACGGUACUCAGAUUGCUGGUGCUUGUGGAAAUGGUCAUGUGCUCUUUGCCCACAUCAUAGAGCAACGUUGGGAGUGGAAGAAUUUUGAAAUCACAUUGACAAAACGAAGAUCAAUGCAGGUGCGGAAUGUGUUGAAUGAUGCACAAGAUGUCUUAGAAUUCCGUGACAGGGUGAUAAAGGCCUCAUUGUCCCAAGGACACUUGGUAGUUGUAACCACGCUGCAAUGUUACGUGUAUAGUACAAAGAAUUGGAAUACCCCACUUGUAUUUGACCUGAAAGAAGGUACUGUUAGUUUAAUUCUACAGGCACAGAGGCACUUCCUGCUUCUUGAUGGAGCAGGUAUUUAUCUGUACUCAUAUGAAGGUCGCCUUAUUUCUUCUCCUAAGUUUCCAGGAAUGAGAACUGACAUACUGAGCUCCCAGACUGUUUCCCUCAGCAAUGAUACAAUUGCUGUGAGAGAUAAGACUGAUGAAAAAGUAAUUUAUCUUAUUGAUGCACUUUCUGGAAAGCCUCUGGGUGAUGGAAAACCUCUAGUUCACAAGAUAGAAGUAAUGGAGGUUGCACUAGAUCAAUCUGGAUCACCCAAUGAAAGAAAAAUUGCCAUCAUAGACAAAAAUCGUGAUCUGUAUAUCACAUCAGUGCGUAGAUUUGGGAAAGAACAAAAAAUCAUUAAAAUAGGAACUAUGGUGCACUCAAUGGCUUGGAAUGACACGAUCAAUAUACUAUGUGGAAUGCAGAAUAUGUAUUUUGUAGUUUGGUAUUAUCCAAACGUAGUCUAUGUGGACAAGGAGCUGCUGUCCAAAACAGUUAAUGAAAAAGAUGCAAGUGAAUUUGGUAAAAGUCCUCAGAUUGUGAAUUAUGUGGGAAACCAAGUGACGAUCAGAAGAGUUGAUGGCUCGAUGAUACACACAAGUAUAUCACCCUACCCUGCCAUCCUACAUGAAUAUGUCAGUGCCUCAAGGUGGGAAGAUGCAGUUCGUCUCUGUCGCUUUGUCAAGACAACAACACCUGAUGAGGAACAAACAAUGUGGUCAUGCCUUGCCGCCAUGGCAAUUGCACACAAAGACCUUAUGACAGCAGAGGUGGCUUACGCAGCAAUUGGUGAGAUUGAUAAAGUGCAAUAUAUCAACAUGAUCAAAGAUUUGCCUUCAAAGGAGUCACGGAUGGCACACUUGCUGUUAUUUACUGGGAAUGUACAGGAUGCGGAAGGAAUUUUAAUCCAAUCAGGCCUUAUUUAUCAAGCAAUCCAAAUAAAUAUUAACCUCUACAACUGGGAUAGAGCUCUGGAGCUGGCUGUAAAAUACAAGACACAUGUAGAUACAGUGCUAGCUUACAGGAAGAAAUUUUUGGAAGAUUUCCAUAAAGAAGAAUCCAACAAGAGAUUUCUACAGUAUGCAGAAGGAGUUGAAGUCAACUGGGAAAAAAUACAAGUCAAAAUCGAAAUGGAGAUUGCAAAAGAACGGGAACGUGCAGCUAUGGUUACUGCAAUGGGUUCAACAGGAUCUAGGAGUGAAUCCUUAAACCGCUGACACAGGGUUGUGAUGGAUCUAGCCCAUUAAAUCUCCUCAAAAUUCUUUCAUCUUUCCUUUCAUUUCAACUCAAGGAAACAUUUGAAAGACCUUGAAAAUUGAAAAAGACUUUUAUCACAAAUCAAUAAACAAAUAUUUUUCAAUUAAAAUUAUUAAUAUUGUUAUUCAUUGGAAAUAUAUUCAGUGUAUUUUUCAGAAAAUUGUGUGUUCCCUUAUCUGUUAAACUGAAUAUAGAAUUAAUUUAUUUUCAAGUGAACAUAAUCAACUUUUGAUAUAUGUUGUAGUUCUGACAUUAAACGAUAAUAUAAUGUUCAC